GAAUAUCAUUGUUAUCGUUCCUGAACUCCGGCUGCGUGGUCGGUGGCAGGGACCCCAAUGUACGGACGCCAUGCUCCCGGAUGAUGCUGUGCCCCGGCCGUCGUCGCGUCGGGGCGUCCGCCGCGGCGGGCGAACCUCCGCAGCCGCGUCACCGUACCUGUGCCAGACACGCAUGCCCCGCCUUUCGUGCAGGUAUAUGACAAGCCGCAGUCCGUCGCCUUCCUCGUGCUCCUGCGAAAUUUCGAGAAGCUCGACCCCGAUGACACAGCUAGCUGGCCGCAGCCCUCGCCAUCGCAGCCACCUUGCCUGGGAACUGUUGGAGCGGCUGUCGCAGCAGCUGAGCUCGGGACCCGUGCAGCCUCUGUACAACGCGAUGGGACCCAAGCUGACGCCGCCGCCUCCAGUGCUGGCAGCUAUGGAGAAGCUGGACAACGGCUACAGCCGCCACCGCGGUGGAAGCGAAGGCGACACCGAGGUCUUCGCCGACCGCUCCCCGCCGCCGCCUAAGAACAGGCUCAACAUAUUCAAAUUAUUCACUCAGGGUUGGAAGAAGAGCCCAACACGUGGCGACACGGACGCACACGCGUCUGGUCUGUCGCGGUCCACGUCGUAUCGGUCCAAAUCUAGUCAGGCGCGGAGGUCUUCCCAGACGUCGCCCGUACUACGGCAGAACCAGGAGGUGAUCGGCGUCAAGCGGUUUCCUAACUCGACGCGUGUCACAAGGCGUAGCGUCGAGGCUUCGCCCCCGCGCUCCCCUCCGCAGCGCUCGUCCCCGCGCUCGACGCAGCUAACGCGCUCCUCGGUGCUUCGCUCGUCAACCGAUGGCCAGCAGCCGGCUGUCGCGGCCGCGUGCAAGACGUCGCCGGAGAUACGGCGUCGCCAGGACGUAAAGGACACCGGGCACCCACCUGUGCCUCCGGCUCCCAGUGAACCGCAGGGGCUAAAGGGAGUUCAAUCUGCCAAUGGAGCACCAGCUCCUGCAAAUCCCACUGGACCAUCUAGUUCACCGCCUCCCCCGCCACCACCACCUCCUCCUCCACCACCUCCGCCGCCGCCGCCACCCCCACCACCUCCGCCGCUCCCACCUUCUUCACAGCCAGGUAUGCAGAGCCCGCACGGUGAUGGCCUGGCGACCAAAAUCACGCCGUCCAAGGCGGCGCAACCGAAAGCAGCGCCACGUGGACCGGUCUCUCCUGGGCCUUUCCACACGCUGCCUAAACCGCAGCAGAAGAUGAAGACACUUAACUGGACUAAGGUGCCGGAUACCCUUGUCUGUGGUGGCAAGAGUAUCUGGAGCGACGUCACCAAGGAAGCCCAGGAAGAGAACGUUGAACGAAAGCUGAACUUCAAACAGGUUGAAGAGCUCUUCUGUCAAAAGACGGCAACCACAGUGCAACCGAAGGUGUCACCGGAAAAGAAGAAACGGGAGCCAGCAUUCCUUAGCCUCUUGGACGGAAAGAGGAGCCUCAAUGUCUGCAUCUUCCUCAAGCAGUUCAAGUCCGGGCCUGAACAAAUCGUCUCCAUGAUUCGAUCUUGCAAGUCUAAGGAAAUCGGCGCGGAACGCUUGCGGAUGUUACAGAAGAUACUGCCAGAGCCGGGUGAGUUGAGCAUGCUGAGGUCGUACACUGGCGAUCGGAGCAAGCUGGGCCAGGCGGAGCAGUUCUUCCUGAUGCUGGGCGACCUGCGGCUGCAUGCACUCUACGUGGACGGCAUGCUACAGAUGGAAGAGUUUAGGCCAAGCGUGGAUGUGCUGAAGCCACAGCUGGACAACUACAUUGGCGUAUGCCAGGAGAUACUCACCAACCGCAGCCUCAAGGAGUUCCUCAAGCUCAUUCUCAUCACCGGAAACUUCAUCAACUCGGGCAGUUAUGCGGGCAACGCAUUUGGUUUCCGGCUGAAUACGCUUCCGAAGCUGCUCGAGACACGCUCGAACAAGCCACGCAUGACACUUCUUCAUUUCCUCGUCGAAAUCGCGGAAAACGAACAGGCACAGACGCUGUCCUUCACCAAGGAUCUACGACAUCUCACCCAGUGCUCCAGGCUGUCCCUGGAUGGCAUGCGGGCAGAAUUGAAGCAGUUGUCUACCGGUAUUGAAAAGCUCGAGAGGCAUCUUCCUCAAGGCGAUGAUGAGUUCAAGCAACACUUUGGCGGCUUUGUCACCACGGCCAAGGCACAGCUGAGUGAACUGUCUUCGAGCUUCGACAAAAUUGGAGAGCUCUCGCGAAGGCUUGCUGAGCACUUCUGCGAGGAGGAGAGUCGCUUCUCCGUCGAAGAGUGCCUGCACAUAUUCAACAACUUCUGCGAAAAGGUGAAGCUGGCCAAAAAGGAGAAUGAAGAGCGAAGGCUGCUGGAAGAGCGAGCCGAGAAGCUCAAGAUCACACGGAUGAGCACGGAACAGAGCAAGCCAAGACACGCAAAGAAGCCGACUUCCUCCUUCGUAGAAGAGGACUGCCUCGUCGACCGCCUUCUCGCCGAAAUCCGACAGGGCAGUUUCAAGCUACGCAAGACGCCCGCCUAA